UUCUGAGGACACGUGAGUAGUUCGGUAGGCUUUGCAAAAGACAGUGAAAGUGGCUUCCACUCUGCGACCUUCAUGCAGAUUGGUCCGUGGCCACACAUAAUUGUGACAAUACAAAUUAGAUCAGCCAGAGAGGCAGAACAUGAUGUUGUCAGAGGUGCAACAUUGCUCAGGAGCCAGUGAAAGUCAGGACCACUGGCUGCAAAAAAUCCCAGCAUUGCAGUUUCCCAAUAUUGUAACACUGCACUUCAGAGGGAAAGUUAAAUGGAAUAGUUUGAGCUGAUCCAUAGCUUUGACCCCACCACAAGGGACAAGCCCUAGUUUCCUCCUCAUCCAAAUUGGCUUAGUUACUGUUUUUAACUUGGUCCAUAGGUGGACUUCUUCUGCCACAGCUCAGUGAGAAAGGUGGCUAUAAUUAAUAGAAAAGAGCAGAAGAGGAAGUGUUUUCCUCCAAAUAACUGUGCUUUUUUAAUAAUAGGACUUUGUACAGAUGGAUAAAGUUUGUUCGAUGGUGACAGUCACACACUGCCUAAAUACAUAAAUCAAUUUCCACUGUAGAUCACUGUGUACUCUAAUGGAGCAGCUUUUCUCUUUAAUUUAAGAAGCUACAUAUGGUAGUACAGCCCAGCUGAAUAACGGCCGAAUGCUAACAGUACCUGAAAUCUAUAUUUGGUCUGCCUGAAAGCAGUUUGAUCUUCUGCACUUAACUCCCGAUGGAUGGGAAUUCACAUCAUGAGGAAUACCAUCAUAAUUGGUACUAAUUAUAAUUCCCGGGAGAGAUGCCAAACAUAGCAUUGCAGCCUGUAUUUCCCACUUGGGCAGAGAGCUGAUUUUGGCAGAGGAGCACAGCAGGGAGGCAGCGAGCAUUGGGGCUCUCUGUGGCUGUCGGUUCUGCAGCUCUAGGAAUGGGACAGACUUUCACUGCCAAAAACAAAACUACAAAAAUCUUGCAAAUUCAAAAUGUCUGACUCCUUGUGUGUUGUGAAACUCUUCUGUAAGCUGUCAGGAGCAAGGCAAGACCUGAGAAAGGAACCCGUGGGAGCUGUCCUGUUUGUUUGCUUAAUCGCUUAGUUUAUAUGGAGAUUAAAAAUCACUUAAGCUCAUCCACAAGUUAAGUGUAUGUCAACCAAUGGCUGUCAGAAACUGCAAGGAAAAAAGACCAUAGUCACAGAAGGAAGAGGUUUUAGGAAAGGAGUGAGAGAAAAAGGGAUUAAAUCCUUGGAGUGGGGCAACAGUGUUGUCUUCAGGGACAUCCAUUCCUAAGUAAAGAGCAUGUAGGAAGCAAGGGCUGCCGGCUUCAUCUCUUGCCCUGCUACUGGUGACGCUAACAGUGAAUAAUUUGGUGAAUAAUCCCUCAUUUACAUUCAUUUCUUCCGAUUAAAUGGAAAUGUCAUCGUUCACAGAAUGUCAGCCUGUGCCUGAAAUGCACUGCAAAACCUCUGCACGAUCCUCGCUUGCUGUGCUGCCUGCCCCGGCUGUGGUGCAGAGUGCCCUUGCCGGUCCCAUCAGAGGCAUAGCCACACCUCGCGCAUCGUAGAGUAUCGCCUGCCCCGGCGCUUUCUGCCUCUUCUGCAGCAGUUCAGCUGUCACCUGGCUCCGAACUACCACUGGGGAGCGUGGCACUGGAAAAAGCCAGUCUAUGCAAACCAGUCACUUGAGUUAGCAUCCACUUGCCGUAGCAAGACUACCUGGCACACGUUUUAGCAGCAGCCUAGUUUAUAAUAUCAUCCCUUUUUCUAUAGGUGUAGAAAUUCAAGGUUGCGCUAGUAAAAACACAGAUGAGGCUCAUGAAAGCAAAGUGCUAGAAAAAACUGCAGAGAAAAAGCCUUCUUGCUGUUUCCAGGAAACCUGUGGGCUGUCUCCAAAGAGUGGGCAUGCUUUGUCCAGCCAAGACUCUUGAACCUGAGGGGUUGCAGUACAUGUGACCUUCUGUCAAUCAUGGGGAAAAGCAUUUCAGACUGUGCCUGAUGUAAAGACGUCUUCUCAAGUUUAGCAUGAACAUAGGUGUAACACCUGGGUAGCUUCUCAGUGCAGAUGCAAAGUGCAGUGAGACGCAAGCUCAGGAGCUGUGAAUCAGUGGCUCCUUGCAGCACGAACCUGCCUGGUGCAGACAGGUCCCCCUUGCUGACAGCACGAUGGAGGACAUCGUGUAGCAGAGCUGUGGCUCUCAUUGACAGCCAGACUUUGGCCUCCUCCAUUAGGAAGAAACUUCAUUUUCAAAGCUGAUGUUGCAAGACUAGGUAUUGUGUGCGUUAAUACUUUCCCUCCGGUGUUCUCGGUCCCUUGGUGGUGCUACGCUGGGGCGCAAUGGUUGCGGCGAUAGCGUGGCCACAUCUCUCCUUUUAAGUGGUGUGCUCCCACUCUUCUGUUUGUUUAGUUGUACUUCUUCAGACACUGAGCUCCUCAGGGCAGGGAUGAAGGCAUCUCCCAGCUGCCAGGGGCACGCACGCCAGUGUGUGAGCGACCAGAGGUGAACAUGGAAAAAGGCAGUAGUAGACUGGGAGCUGCUGCACUUGUCCGUGCAGCUGGGAAAAUAUGCUUUGCGGGUUUUGCCAGCAUGUAGCAACAGCUUGGCUGGCUCGGAGGAGCUCCGGGGUGGCAGCCGGAGAGUUAACAGACGGGAUGCCUUGCUGUCAUUUGUUCUCUGGUGUCCCCCACGCCGCCGACCAGCGCUGCCGGUGGGAUUCCAGCCGGGCCAGGGAGCACGGAUGCUCCAGGUGGGGCGGCUGGUCGAGGGAAAUACGUGAUUCAGCGCGGCUCCGCUUGAAAAGCGAAGCGGGGGGGACAGGGGGCCGGGCCGGAGAGCACCCCCGCACCCCGGCGGGGCACCCCCGCACCCCGGCAGCCGGCGCUGCUGCCCGCGGGCGGGGGGCGGAGGCGCCGGGGCCGGGGCGGGCCGGGGCGGGCCGGGGCGGGCCUAGGGAAAUGCGGCCGGUUUUGGGCUCGGGGCGGCAGGUGCAGCGAUGCGGAGCGGGGCAGCAGAGCCCGGCCCCGCACGGCAGCGCGCAGCCCCCCCCGCAGCAGCCCGGCGGGCGAGCAUGGCAGGGCGCUGCCCGCUCUGAGCCCCCCCGGCGCCAUGCCCCCCCAGGAGCUGCUGGACUACGCGCCCGCCCUGCGGAGACACAGCCCCCCGCGGGGCAGCGGCCCGGAGCUGGGCAUCAAGUGCGUGCUGGUGGGCGACGGCGCCGUGGGCAAGACCAGCCUGGUGGUCAGCUACACCACCAACGGGUACCCCGACGAGUACCAGCCCACCGCCCUCGACACCUUCUCCGUGCAGGUCCUGGUGGAUGGAGCCCCCGUCCGGAUCCAGCUGUGGGACACUGCUGGACAGGAGGACUUUGACUGUUUGCGCUCGCUUUGUUACCCCGACACAGACGUCUUCCUUGUCUGCUUCAGCGUGGUAAACCCAAGCUCCUUCCAGAACAUUACUGAGAAAUGGAUCCCUGAGAUACGAACUCACAACCCCCGGGCGCCAGUGCUGCUAGUGGGGACGCAGGCAGACUUGCGGGACGAUGUCAAUGUCCUCAUCAGCCUGGAUCGCUACCACGUGAAGCCUGUGGCCCGGCCUCAGGCAGAAGGUCUAGCUGACAAAAUCCGGGCAGAAGCCUACCUGGAAUGCUCAGCACUCACCCAGAAGAACCUCAAAGAAGUUUUCGACAUGGCCAUUGUCAGCGGUGUUGAGCACAAAGCACGGCAGGAAAAGAAGAUGACUGCCAAAGGCAUCAAAACUCUCUCCAAGUGCCGCUGGAAGAAGUUCUUUUGCUUUGUCUGAAGCUGCUUUGAGAGGAGGGGGGAAAAAAGAAACACCCGAUGCCAGCAUUGGCUCUGCACCUUCUUGGAGUGACUGCUCCUAUGGCCCCAGCAAGAAGGGUAUGAUAAGCUGCUGGGCUUGGAAACCUGGCUCUUGCUGGGUAUCAGAUGCCUAGGAGUCAUGAACUGGAUUUCCAUUGUGCCAGGAUGUGGAAUGGUCCAGGCAGCCCUAAGUACCUGCCAAACACGUCUGUAGUGUCCCAGGCUAAUGGGAGCCUUUAAUACAUCAAGACUCAGUACGCUGGAGUAGGCGGGUUCCUUCCAUUGUUCAAAAUGACCAGUUUUCUGUCUGAAGCUAACAUGCUUUCGGAGUUCUGACACAGCAUAAUAGACAUGAGGGACUUUCAAAGUCUACCUAUGUUUUGGCUGAUGUACAGGCUUGGCAGAAAGUAGGGCAGGGGCAGUUACAGGAGACUGCAGCGUAGUCAGACGUGGGCUGUGGAGUUUGGAAUGUGAGACUUGGGCUCCCCCUCUGAUUCCGCUUGCCAAAAUAGGUAGAAGUCACUUGUCUGUGAAAAAGCAGCACUCUUUCUUAAAAGCCCUGUAUUGUGAGUACCCUGGAGAAGGUUUUUCCUAAAUAAAGACCAUUAGCAGGCUGAAGAGAAAGUGCACAGGGAGCUACAGUGAUCCUUUAAGCAAAACAUUCUCUGAGAGGACUCUGUAGGCCAGUGGGUGCCAGUGCUGUAGUCCUGUAGUUACGGACUUGGGGACCUAUUUUGAAAGGCCUUUUGGGGUGGGGGUGGGGGUGUUUUGAGAGAAAGAACAGGUGAGGAACAGUGAUGAGUGGCUCUGUCUUAGCAGGGAUGAAACUGUGUCAGCAAAGGGUUUAUAACACUACCAAGGGGUGAAAUGUCAAUGGAGAGCCAUGCAUGUAAUGAAAGAAGAGAGAAGGAAGAAAAGGAAGGGAAUAAAAAGUAAAAAAAAGAGAGAUGAAAGGGAGAAGAAGAAGGAAAGAAUAGUGAACGUUGUUAAAAGAAAGUUGUGAUUCUACUUGGCUGAGAUGCUAAUGUUCAGGGAAUCUUAUAGAAACUUGAAAAAUUUGCUAGUGAUCUCAAUUUCAAAGCAAUAUUGUCCAUACAUUAAGUUCUGAAUCAAAAGAAGAGAGGUGUAACGAGUGAGAAAGAGAGAGAGAAAGUUCCUCUUGGUCAGUAAAACUCCUGUUUCAGAUCUGCACAGGAGAACAGAGUUUACAGUGUACUAUUUCUCCUGAGUCUGCAGAACAGGAACGGAGGGCGCAGGGCUUCUUUCUGUUGUGUUUCCCUUUCUUAAAAGUCAAUGCUUGAUCUGCUGAAAUCAAAAGCGAAGGAAAUCCAUGAAGCUCCUGCCAGAGAAAAACAUUCACUGUUUGCUCUGUUCUCCCCUCACCUGUUUCUCAGGGGACUAAUUUCCUGGUGAGUCUAUUCACAUUUUAUUACAGAACUUGCAUCGAUUUCUAAAACUUCUUUCACAGUGACAUUUCGUUCAUGGUUUAUGUAGCAGAGCACAUGACAGGUCCUGUCAGGCAAUGCUUUCGAUACUCAAGGGGGUUCUCUGCAUCAGGCCAUGGCCCGUCGUUUGGGGGAUGCUCCUGAGUAAUGUGACAGAUGGUGACAUAGCUGUGGAUUGCUUGCUCUGCACCAAAAGCAAGCCUACCUGAGCUACUGGGCCUGUAAAAACUCAAACGCGAGUAAUGCGGUAUGGCUCUGGAUCCAAACAGGUGCCUGCCGACAUCUCUCACCACCAUCUCUUUGUGGCGCGGCUCACAUAGCCCCCAAGGACGCUGCCUUCCCUGGCGGUAUCAUAGCAUGAAAAGGGUGGGCAGGUCUUGCUAAGGGAUGUGGCCCACAGCCUGGGAGCUGCUCGUAGGGUAGGGCUUAGAGACCUGGAAAGGAUGGCGUGGCAAAACGAGCUGAGCAAAGGAUCCCCCAACUGCAGCGCGCCCGGGUCCAGUGAGGAGUCCUAAGAGAUGGAGAGUACAGAGGCGGUAGCUGGAAGUGACAUGUCCUCCAUGCCUCUAGGCAGGACACCGCUUCCCCACCAAAGCUCUCACUCAGCAACGCAUCCCUGCACGCAUUUCCUACCUGUACGGGCACCUUUGCUGUAUCAUUAGUUCAGUUUCUGUUGGGUCUUCACGCAUUUCUAUAGCCUGUGAGACCGAGGGCUGUGGUGUGACCUGCUGAGGAGCACGCCGGACCCCUACGGAGCAAAUCCACGGGCAGAAAGAGCACCAAGCUCCCUCCUGCUGAGGGGAGAGCAAGGGUUGCCCUGCAGUAGCUUGGUAUGAAACAGGGAUUAUUUCAUUCUGGAAAAGAAACUGUAUUGAGAGCUGCUUUCUUCCUCUGUGAUUGUGUCUAGUAUUUGUUCAAAUAAAAUUUUUUUUAUG